AUGUCUAUUUCGGCAUUGGCUCAGCCAAUCACUCUGAAACUCUCGGGUAAGGUGAUUAAGAAUCGAAUAUAUCGGACGCCGCUCAGCGAAUAUGCUUCUACGUAUGACGAGAAUGAUAUCGAGAAGACUGGAAUCCCGAAACCUAGAUACGCCGAAAUAUAUCAAGAGCUUGCCGAUGGUGGUGCUGGCCUCAUUUGCUUCGGCAACAUCCCUAUCGACCGCAACAACCUCGAGAACUACAACAAUGCUGUGCUUGACCCGCGCAACCCAUGGGAUGCCGUCGCUGCUUUCACCCCAGCAAUCCGCGCCGCAAAGUCCCGAGGCGCCAUCUGUUUGCCCCAGCUGCAGUUCCCAGGGCGCCAAGUGCCAGAAUUCCUCAACAAACAUCCCAAAUCGGCAUCAGAUGUGCAGCUCGGACCGUGUCUGCUGAAGACAUACGGCAAGCCGGCACCGUUGACUCGGGAGGAGAUCAAGGAGUUGGUGGGGAGGUAUGUGUGGGCGGCAGAAGUACUGGCCAAAGCUGGAGCGGACGGAAUCAUUCUCCACGGUGCUCACGGAUACAUCCUGAAUCAAUUUCUCUCGCCGUUGACCAAUAAACGGACAGACGAGUACGGUGGGACUCUCGAAAAUCGUGCCCGGUUCAUUCUGGACAUCGUAAAUAGUAUCAAGGCCAAAUUGCCGUCCGAUCGAUUCGUGAUUGCAGUCAAAUUCAACUGUCAAGACUUCAUCAAAGGCGGACAAUCCUUCGCGGAACAAUGCGUGGUGAUCAAAUGGCUCGAGGACGCUGGCGUCGACUUCUUCGAUAUAUCUGGAGGCACAUACGAGUCACCUGCGUGGAGGGGCAACAUCAUGACAGAGCUCGCCGAGAGACCUUCCCAGAAAAUUCGGGGUAGUUAUUUCGUCGAGUGGGCACAGGAAUUGAAGAAGGUGCUCUCUAGAGCCGUCAUUGGCACCACGGGCGGGUGGAGGGAUAGUCGCCGGAUGGCGGAGGCUGUAGAGAAUGAGGACGUCGAUAUGAUUGGAUUGGGGAGGACCCUGAGAGAGGACCCAGCAUGGGUGGAUAAGGCCAUCAGAGGUGAGGUGAGGGUGAGUAAGCUGUAG